AUGGAAUCACAUCCUGUUGCUGUUAUUCCAGGCGUACCCCAAGGUAGUGUGCUUCGACCACUUAUCCCUAUCAUCCUCCUUGGAGAUAUAGACUCAAAUGUCAGUGACAGUAUUGUACAGUCAUUUGCCGAUGAUACAAGGGUUACCAAGGAAGAUGCAAACAUGAAAUUUAAUGAUGUAAAGUUUGAGGUCAUGCAUUUUGGCACGAACGAUACCCUGAAAUAUUGCACAUCGUAUCUUUCCCCCUCUGGAUCCAUCAUCACAGAGCGUAGGGAUCUGAAAAUCUUGGUGUCAUAUUAUCCACCAACUGCUCCUUUCAUUCCCACAUAUUGA